CAUAAGACAAACUUCCUCUUUUUCACAUUAGAACAGCUAUUUUGACUUCACAGCUUGGAACACUUUCUGUUUUCAUUUAAGCAGGAAAUUCAUGUUUUAUUCACUUCGAAACACAGGUUGAAAUGUUCAUGUUGUUUCAACUGUGUGAGUGUAUUUUGUUGUUUUUUAUCAGUUUCUCAGAGGCAGCAAUAUCCUGUUUAAAUGAGGAUGGACAGCCGGUUGACUGGUUCGUUAUUUAUAAACUUCCCAUUUACAAGAUGGAAGUUAAGGGAAGUGGAGUGGAUUACAUGUAUCUGGAUCCAGCCGUCAUGGAUUUUCAUAUAAGUAAACAUACAGUCAACAGCAGUCAAGGAGCUUUAGGCAGAACAUUGACACAGCUUUACUCCAGAUAUACAUCCAACAGCUCAGUCUAUAUGCUUUACAAUGACGCUCCACCAGAACUGAAGUACCCAAGCAACUAUGGACAUACAAAAGGCAUGCUGAUGUUUGACCAGUCUCAGGGAUUUUGGCUUACACACAGCGUUCCUCAUUUCCCCCCAUUUCCAGAGAGAAAUUACAGUUACCCAUCUACAGGAAAAUACUACGGCCAGACUCUACUCUGUAUUACAUACAACUAUACACAGUUCCCUCAAAUAUCAUGGCAGUUAGCAUAUCUUAAUCCACGUGUAUAUAACUGCUCUGUCCCUGUGGCAUUUCGCCCAGACAUUGCAGCCAUGGCACAAAUUUGUGAUGGUAAGACACCCGCCAUUAAAAACAGAAGGAGUCUGCAGAAGCUGGAAUCAGUUCGAGGACAAACCUUUUUCAGUUUUGCCAAAUCACACUACUAUGUGGAUGAUAUUUACACCGGUUGGGUGGCUCAAGCGCUAGGGACAGAUUUGCUGGUGGAGUCAUGGCUGCACCAGUCUCAUCGGCUCCCUUCGAACUGCUCACUUCCCCGGCAUGUGAUGAACAUUGACAGAGUUUGUCUCCCAGGACCACAGAUGUUCAGAAACUACGAGGAUCAUUCAAAGUGGUGUGUGUCUUAUGCAUUGAAAGACCAGUGGGCAUGUCUGGGGGACUUGAACAGAGACAGUGGACAGGCUGGCAGAGGUGGUGGGCUGAUAUGUUCUCAAAGCUCAGUCAUUUAUAAAGCUUUCCGUCAGGCUAUGGCUGGGUAUAAACACUGCUGAAAAAAUGUAUUCAGUACACUGAACUAGUUUCAGAUUUUGACACAUACAUUAACUCUUUAAAAACAUAGCAGAAAUUAACAUAACAACCAAAUUGUAAAUUUAACUAAGCUGAUGAUUGUGAUGGUCAUCCAAGCAAUUUUCUAAAACAAGUUUUAACACUGAUUUAUUUUAUUUGAUCCUUUGAGAGGUCUUUCCAAGCCUUUAAAUCAUGUUGGUAAAGAAACUUUUUUUUUGAAUGACCUUUGACUUCUGUUGUAGGUUAUACUGUAAAAAUAUUUUUGACGUUGUAAAUAAAAAGAUCUGCAGCAGCUAUGUUUAACAAUU